AUGAACAGCGUCGGGGAGGCUUGCACUGACAUGAAGCGCGAGUACGACCAAUGCUUCAACCGCUGGUUUGCCGAGAAGUUCCUCAAAGGGGACGGCUCCGGGGACCCGUGCACCGACCUCUUCAAACGCUACCAACAGUGUGUCCAGAAAGCAAUAAAGGAGAAAGAGAUUCCUAUAGAAGGACUAGAGUUUAUGGGCCAUGGCAAAGAAAAGCCUGAGAACUCCUCUUGACCUGCCUGCCUGUCACUUGGAAGAUGUCAGUAAACUGAGAGGCCCCUGGAUUUUGUCAGCUGAGGCUGUGAAACUAGCCAAGGGAUUUGAGGAGUUUAAGAGGAGAGUUUCGUUUCUUCACUUUUGGUAUUCUCAUUUCUACAGAGCAGCUGUCACUUUUGCUUUGAGACAGUUUCACUUUUGCUGGCAUCUUGCAGGAAUUCCAUGUGCAACGAUGGAAAAGCUUCUUGGGGUUUUGGUUACAAGACAUGGUUUGCAAUCAGCUUUAACUAGUCCUUGGAUGCAAAUAAUGAUGAACUGGUUAUGAUCACGGUUGUGGGGCAGCUUCUGCUGCAGAGGAACUACAUGGGAGUUAUUGUUCAUGCGCACAGUUGGUCAGGACCUCUUUUUCCUCUCAGGGAGCUGAUGCUCUGAAAAGGGAUCCGGACACAACAGUUUCAAUCACUGUUUGGGAACAUGAUUGUAAUUUUAUAGUGACAGUUACAAAUGCUGGCGGCCUGGGUGGCUAAGUAGAAGACAGCUUUACUCGGCUCCCGUCUUAAUAAGGCGUCAAUUAACAUGUGAAAGCUUCAGUGACAUAAAGGUCACUUUGGAGCUCACAGCGCCAGCUCACAGCUGCAGCACCUGGAGUGGCUGUGGAACAAUCACCUAGAUCACAGCUUUGCUGCUGCCAACUUUCAGCUCCAUGAGUUAAUGGCGAUCUGCAUAUCAUAUAACAGGCAGAAUGAACUUGUCUGGCUGAGUGGGGGAAAGGUGCUCAUUUAUCUGUUAGCCUACCAUGCCCUAAGUCUGUAAUCAUGAAAAUGGAAUAAAUUCUACAAUUCAGCUUUUA